ACUGAAAAAAUCCAACUCAGAGCCUGUUAGAGUUCUAAUCGUGUUCACUGAGAAGUGGAUAUCAUGGCCUGGCUUUUCUCUAAGGGUUAACAGAAACAUGCAUCGAGGAAACCAGACCACCAUCUCCGAGUUCAUCCUUCUGGGGCUUUCUGACCAGGUGGAGAAGCAGAAACUCCUCUUCGCGCUCUUCCUGGCUAUGUACCUGGUCACCGUGGCUGGGAAUGGGCUCAUCAUUCUGGCCAUUGGCUUUGACACGCACCUUCACACGCCCAUGUACCUCUUCCUUGCCAACUUGUCCCUUGCUGACAUGUCCUCCUCUUCUACCUCCAUCCCCAAAAUGCUGGCGAAUAUUCAGACCAAGAGUCAGUCCAUCUCCUACAGUGGCUGCAUCACACAGAUGUACUUUUCCAUUGUCUGUACUGUCGCCAACAAUUUCCUCUUGGGGGUCAUGGCCUACGACCGCUUCGUGGCUGUCUGCCACCCGCUGAACUACACGACCAUCAUGCGCCCCGCACUUUGCACUUUGCUCACCGUCAUCCCAUGGGUCCUCAGUAAUGCUGUUGCCCUGACGCACACCCUUCUGCUCAUCCAGGUGGUCUUCUGUGACAGCAAUACUCUCCCACACUUCUUCUGUGACUUGGCCCCCCUGCUCAAGCUGUCCUGCUCUGACGCAGCGGUCAGUGAGCUGGUGCUCCUUUCUGUGGGCUUAGCGGUCGUCACCUUUCCCUUCGCCGUCAUCCUUUUCUCCUACAUCUGCAUCAUCAGGGAUGUGCUGAGAAUCUCCACCUUAGGAGGAAAGUGGAAAGCCUUCUCCACCUGCGGCUCUCACCUGACUGUCGUGCUGCUCUUCUACGGGACCAUCGUAGGAGUUUACUUCUUCCCCUCGUCCACGCACCCAGAGGACACCGAUAAGAUUGGCGCGGUGCUCUUCACCGUGGUGACGCCCAUGUUGAACCCCUUCAUCUACAGUCUGAGGAACAAGGAUGUGAAAGGUGCCCUGAGGAAGCUCAUCCAUAAAAGACAGGAUUCCUCCUUUUGAUGCCAUGGACAU